AGAAGAUAACUGCUGCACUCCAGGGUGGACAGGGGGCGCUGUGGCUCUGAGAGCUGACUGCCGUCUUGGUUUUGAGUUCCUGGUGAUGCUCCUCCCAGCCAUACACACCUCCUGUGCUUCGAGGCCACACCAAGCUAGACACUGCUGAGCCCAGUGGAAAGCUACCAAGCCCUACUGUGCUGAGCCAGGCACAGAAGUAGCCUCAGAAACAGGAAGACCCGCCCCUGAAGUGGGAGAGGGCAGGCGGCCUAAAUCUUGGCCUCCUUGAACAUAGAAUUGGCUGGCACCGAGGAAGUGAGCUACCUCCUGGUCAAGCCAGAACUCCAGGGCCUCUUGUGGUCCCAGGCCUGCUUGACUUUUGGCACCUUAGCCUGGGCGGGGUAGGGAGCAUGAGUUCCCCUCUGGCCUUCUCAGGCUUCCUUUCCUAGUUCUGCAUCAGUUUUUCCUGAGUUUGAGCUGCAGGAUUUCUGCAUUUUUUUCCUUAUCACCCUCUUAGUUCAGAAGCUCUGGAUUGGGAGAGCCUGCUGAUUACACAGAGGUCUAAUCACAGGAGUGUGUGAUUCAUUGACACCAUUCACCCCAAAAGAUGAGAAGACUGGGAAUUUCAUUGGCGGUCCAGUGGUUAAGACUACAGGCUUCCACUGCUGGGGGUGAGGGUUUGAUCCCUAGUCAGGGAACUAAGAUCCCGCAUGCUGCAUGGCCAAAAAAUAACCAAAAAAUAAAGAUGGAAAGACACAUAUAAGUCACCUGGCAUCAGGACUACACACAUACAACUUUUGUGUUCACACUCCCUGACCUUGGCAAAUUGUUUAAUCUCUGAUCCUGCCUCAGUUUACACAUCUGUACAAUGGGGGAUUAGUACUGUACAAAGUGCCCUGCACUGCAAUGCCCAGCACAUAAUGAAAACACAAUACAGUGUAGCUAUUCUAUCCCCUGUGCUUAGGGUGCCCUUCAGACCUAACAUCUUUUAGAGUUCAAUAAAGCUAGGGGUCAUUUGAUGGGUGGGGAGGCAGGUGGACAGGGUAAUGAAGUUCUGGGACAUUAAGGGAUGAGCACCAAGGGAAGGGCUUGCCAAGAAAGUAUGAACCUGGGGCCUGGGGAAGCAAUUCAAAAAUGAGCAAGUGGGUACUUCGAGGCAGAAGUUCCGCGGGGAAAGAGAACAGUCAAGGGUGGGGGAGGGGGAGGGGGCGGUGGGGACACCCAGGACUGAGGAAAUAAACAAGGGGAGCGCCACCACAAGGGUGGAGGGUAACGCUGCUGGGAAUCAGCCCCCUCAGACUUUCCACUGCGAAGCGAAACCGUGAGCCCUGGGGUGUUGGGGGGGGCAACGGGGAGGGGAAGUGGGGAAGGUGGAGGGAAGGCAGAAGGACAGGGGCCAGGGCCCUGGGAGCACUAGAACAGCCUCCAGCUCAAGACAGCCACCGUGCCUCCACUCUGCCCGCAUCCUGCCCUUUCCUGGGGACCUCCACCCCUCCCUUGACCCCUGCCUCAGGCUACCUGAUCUGGCUGGCUUUCCUCUAGACUCCAGCUUCUGGUCACUGGUUCCUCCCUCUCUCUCUCCAAGCCUCCAUCCCUCUUUUUUCUAGAUUCUCUUCCUCUGACUCCCUCCUUGCAGAACCUCUCUUUCAAACUUUAGUCCUUCCCCACUUUCCGACCUCUUCCCUUUGGAAGGCUGUGUGGUCCAGGCCUCGGGGGAGAUGCUGUGCGAGGCUUGGUUCCAGGUCUGGCUGUUUCUGCAACUCCUAUGGGCGGCUGCAGUGGAGGCUCCAGAGCCCGGGGCAGAGGUCCCAGUGGUGUGGGCCCAGGAGGGGGCUCCUGCCCAGCUCCCCUGCAGCCCCACAAUCCCCCUCCAGGAUCUCAGCCUUCCGCGGACAAGACAAGUCACUUGGCAGCAUGUACCAGAGAGUGGCUCCGCGGCGCCCACCCCCCGGGGUCCCGGGCCCCGCCGCUACACAGUGCUGAGGCUGGCCCCCGGAGGCCUGCGCAUUGGCAGGCCGCCCCUGCAGUCCCGCGUGCGGCUGGAAGAAAUGGGCCUCCAGCGCGGGGACUUCUCGCUGUGGUUGCGCCCGGCCCGACGCGCCGACGCCGGCGAGUACCACGCCGCCGUGCGCUUCGGGAACCGCGCCCUUGCCUGCAGCCUCCGUCUGCGCGUGGGCCAAGCGGCGGUGACGGCAAGCCCCCCAGGGCCUCUGUGGACCUCCAGUUGGGUCCUCUUGAACUGCUCCUUCAGCCGCCCUGACCUCCCAGCCUCCGUGCAUUGGUUCCGGGGCCCAGGCAGAGUCCCUGUUCAGGAGUCCCCCGAUCACCACUUAGUUGGAAACUUCCUCUUCCUGCCCCACGUCAGCUCCUUGGACUCUGGGACCUGGGGCUGCAGUCUCACCUACAGAGAUGGCUUCAAUGUCUCCAUCACGUACAACCUGGCUGUUCUGGACCUGGAGCCCCGAGUCCCUCUGACAGUGUACGCUGGAGCCGGUUCCAAGGUGGAGCUGCCCUGCCGCCUGCCUCUGGGUGUGGGGACCCAGUCUUCUCUCACCGCCAUGUGGACCCCGCCCGGAGGAGGCCCCGACCUCCUGGUGGCUGGAGACCAGGGCAACUUUACCCUUCGACUAGAGGCUGUGGGUCAGGCCCAGGCCGGGACCUACACCUGCCGCAUCCACCUGCAGGGACGGCAGCUCAGUGCUACUGUCACUUUGGCAGUCAUCACAGUCACUCCCAAGCCCUACGGAUCAUCUGGCAGCCUGAGAAAACCCUUCUGUGAGGUGACUCCGGCAUCCGGACAAGAGCACUUUGUGUGGAGCCCCGUGGACGAGCGGUCUCAGAGGAGUUCCCCAGGCCCCUGGCUGCUGACACCGGACACCAGACGCCUCUCUCAGCCCUGGCAGUGCCGUCUGUACCAGGGGCAGAGGCUUCUUGGGACCGCGGUUUACCUCACCGAGCUGUCUCAUCCAGGUGCCCAGCGCUCUGAGAGAGCCCUGGGGGCGGGGAGAACAGGUCACCUCCCUCUCCUCAUCCUUGGUCUUCUCUUCCUGCUUCUGUUGGUGACUGGAGCCUUUAGCUUUCACCUUUGGAGAAGACGGUGGCGACCCAGAAGAUUCUCUGCCUUAGAGCAUGGGACUCACCCCUCUCAGGCUUCGAGCAAGACAGGGGAGCUGGAGCCGGAGCUGGAGCCAGAACCAGACCCGGAGGCAGAACCGGAACCGGAACCCGAGCCGGAGUCUCAGCCGCAGCUGCAGCAGGAGCAACCCUGACCUGCAGCAGUCAGCCACCCUUAUCUCCGCAGCGCAAUCCAAAUAAACUCCCCGUCAGCAGCAA